AAUAUGUCAUUCAGACAAGUUGAGGAAACCUGCCUACAGUUGUUCUAUCUGGUGGAAGUGAGUAAUAAUAACUCCAUUCGGUGUGACAGAACCGUCAGAACCUGUAAUGAUGGCAGAUCAUGGUGAACCUUGCACUGGAUCAGAUGAAUCCUAUUGCAUGAAUGGAGCAAAAUGCUUUAAAAUACCCUCUAUGUCUACACUCACCUGUCUAUGCAAUGACAACUAUGUAGGUAGCAGGUGUGAGCAGUUGCAACUGGAGAGCACAUCCUACAACAGCCAGGAGACAGGCAUGAUGGUGGCUAUAGUCAUCAUUCUCAUUCUCAUCGUGCUGCUGCUGGCUGGGAUCAUCUACUUAAUCUGCAAGGUGAAAAGGAAAUCAAGAGACUCAAGGGGCAUCGCAUGAUCCCAGCAUUGAGCAGUAUUAAUGAUCUCAUUGAAGGAUAUAAAAUUGACUUCUGAGUCAUUGUAAAAUCAAUGAUUUCUUAUUAUUUCAAUUAACACAUGUAAAUAGUUCUUUUACAAUACUUUUUUUCAACAAAAAAAAAGGAAAGACUAUACUGUAUGUAUAUUGUGUCUUUAAACCAAAAGUUAUAUUCCAGAUAAUGAAAAAAUUAUAGUAAUGUAAUACAUUUCAAACAGAGUUAUUAACCCUAUUAACAAAAUCAGACUUUGAGGAAAAAAGCCUUACUGAUGUCAAACAUAAAUUAUGGAUUGUACAAAUUUACACACGUCGGCUACAAAGAUUCCUUGUACAUGUUCAAAAACAGACCAAAACAUGUCAUAUAUUUUAAUGUUCCACUCUUCAUUCUGACAGUGAAAAGGCAAAUCAAAUACCCUCUGAAUGUAAUAAUUUCUAAAACUGUACAGAUUUUUUAAAAAUCUUGUUAAAAAUAAAAAUUAAGCAGUAUUAAUAUGCAUGUGUGGUUAUUAUUGGUUAUCUUAGUAAAAUAAAUAAUGCUUAAUAACUAGCUCUAAAAAGUGUCUUUUUUUUUUUUCUUUUCAAUCCCAUAACAAAUGCUAGAAUUUUUUUUCCUUAAAAAGAAAAACCCCUUUGAGUCAGUAAAAGAAUGCAGGAUAUUUGUUUUCAUUAAAAGAAUAAUGAGCGUGUCAUCUGAACACGUGAUGUAAUAAAAAAGAAAAUGAUAAGCCACAAGGAUGAACUAUAAUAUUGAACUAUAAUUUGUAUACUAUUUUACUAUAACUUGUACAAAGAGUCAGAUGGACAGUUUGUACAGUCAACAUGCUCAAUAACAUUGAAAAAAUAAAUAAAUAAAUGUGGUCUCAGACUUUUGGCCUUCACUUCAUGUGUAACACAUGCGUUCCUUUACCAGCAUAAUGGCACUUGUUUUACUGUAUGAGAAUAAUUUCCAGCAGGGUGGUAUAAUUUUCCCCAACCCAAAGCAGAGGAGGUUGGCUUAAACUUAAGGCAUGAUUUUACAUGCAUGCUGGUGACAAUAUUUACCAGAUCUCAUUUCAGAGACAAAAUCUCUCUGUUAAUCAGAUUUCUGAGUUCAAAAUGAUUAUCGAUUUUAUGUUCAGACUUACCCAGCAAGUCUCUCUCUGCCACCAUCAUGAUCACUUGGGAUCAUUAAGUCUUCAUACAUUCCUCAUGUUCUUCCAGG